AUGGGAGAGGUGGUUGCCACGUCCGAAGGUAGUGUGGCGUGCUACCCAGGCUGCGGCAACAGCUUGGCACACGGUCCAUGCAGUCAAUCUCGAUCAACACCUCCUGUCGACCACGGAAACGCCGGCUACUUCUUCGACGCCGGAUUCCGAGCUCAUUCCAGGGGAGGUACGGUAGGGGCGAUCUUGCUCACGCCGGAUGGAAGUUUUGUAGCGGCGUACAAUGGCCUCCUCCCGACGUGUUAUUCGCCGCUUAUGGCAGAGUCUUUGGCAUGUAGUGCGGUUCUAUCUUGGCUAAAAGGACGGGGAAUAACAUCAGUGCAGGUCUAUACCGAUUGUUCCACUCUCAAGAAUUUGUUAACAGCACCUAGUAGUAGUCUUUUCUCUUAUGUUGGUUAUUCAAUUGAUGCCUCUAGGGCUAUUAUGUCUACUUUUGUUAGUUGCACAGUUAGUUAUGUGCCUAGAUUUGCCAAUCGGGCAGCUCACACUCUUGCUACGAUGGCUUUCUCGCAGGAUAUUGUGUUGUAA